ACACCCGUCAAAUUCAAAAUCCGAAACCUGCAUCAAAUCAAGCACCCAUCAAAUUAUCAGGCUACAAACACCGAAAAAACUAUCCACAAGAAAAAAAAACCAUAAAAACUAUCCAAAAAAUUCCACCAGCUAUGCAGUUGUUACACGAACACAAAAUCCCGGUGGUGAUGAAGGAUUUCAACAUGAGCGCGAGCAUUUCGAUGAAGAAGGCGUCUUGCGACAACUUCGAGGUGAAGGAGAAGAGGUCUUCAGAUGCCUCGUUGAGGUUAAUGAACCCUGUGGCAAGUGGGGAUAAUGUGGCUAAUCUGAAUUCAGUGCAUAAACUGAAGGAAGAAUCCCCGCCUCUUGUGCCUUGCUGUGAGGGGAAGGAAUUGCAGAUCAGUGAAGACCUGGUGCGGAGUGGGUUGUCAGCCAUAUCGGUGAAGCACGACGGUGUGAUCCAGUGUCAAAGCAUGUCCAGGGCUUGCGAGAGAAUGCUCUUACCUGGACUCUUCAAGGUUACACACCGCAACUCAUUCCGCUGCCUACACCGGCCGGACCUGAAGAGGGUUCCGUACCUUCGCCGCAUGACGCCAGACGAGCUGGAGAUGUUGUUCAGAGGCUACGCGGACCUACCUCAUCGCUCACACAACGAAUCCAGAGACGAUGCACCACGCUUAUCACUGCCGCCAGAUGAAAAUAUCAGGUCCCGGGACCUCAAAGACAAAGAAGCUAGAAGUCAUGACGAUGGGGCAGGUACUACACUCCAUCCGAUCCCAGAAACUCGUUUCGGCACUGAGGACGUCCCCGCUGGCAUGAGAUUGCAUGGGGCUCGUGCCAGGCUAUACACGUCCGUGCUGGCUGGAGCUAAGGCUGGUGAUCAGUUAGAGCAAUCGACAAACGAAGACUUCGACAUACGCGUUCCAGAUGAAAUUAUACCCGAAGAUGAAGUUCAAUUAACAGAAGACCUCCAAAUCAUUCUACCCCCUCGAUGCGACGACAUAACGACAGAAUCCUCUAUAAACAGUUCCCACGACAGUCACAUUAGCUAACAGUGAAGGGCUAAUACGUAAAUUGAAAGUUAAGGAUUUAAAUUAAUGAGAUUUAACCUAAAACGAAUACGUUUCGGCCUGAAAGUAAGAAAGAAAUAUUAUAAGCUGAAGCGUAGGUACCGGCACAUGUCAACAGCGCUCGUUAUGUACCUCGGCUGGAUGCUAAAUGAUUUCUUAAAUAUGACUUAAAAUAGUAAAUAUAAAAAACUGAUUAUUCAGCAAUAAAAAUAAACAAGAGUA